AGACGAUCGUUUUCUUGUUAAUGCAUUACUGCAUAUUUUGUCGUGUUAGUCUUCGUUUUCGUAUUUGUUUUCGUGGCUCGUGUCUGUUAAUUAUUAGUGCUCGUAUUCGUGGUAUAAUUUUCUUAAAUUAAUAAAAAAUAAAUAUGUCGAAAGAAAAACAAUCACAAAUUAGUCGUUUGAGAUGUUUCAUUUCGGAAUUUGAUAGUAGUAGUAGAUGAAAAAUGUUUACGGAUGUUAGUGUUGUGGUUAGAAGAGAAUAUUUUAAAAAUAUAUGAACCAGAUAAACGAUCAGGGUUACAGAAUAUUGAUUCUGAUGAAUGGGACACAGCAUUUAAAGACUACUGUGUAUCUAGUUCCAAUCCAAUAACAAGUACAGAAACUAUAGAUCAUUUGGAAUGGUUUUUAGGUAGGGCUGUUAGAACAGUGUACAAUGAACAAAGGAGCAAGUUUGAUUCAGAAACAAAAACAACACUUGAAAUUGAUUCUAAUGUUCCAACGAUUAUACCAUCUGAUAACCCAAUUGAUAAUAUUGAUGCUUACAGUGAUGAUUUUAAGAAAGGCGUCGAGAAGCUUGCUGAUUUACUAAAUAUUUCCAAACAUCCUGAUCACAUAAUAACAUUAGAAGCUGUAAGUGCAUUUAUUGAAAAAAGAUUAAGUGCAAAAGCAAUAAAUAAUCCAUCUGCUGUGUUACCUAAGGGUGAAGCUUUUCCUUUAGAACAAAUCAAAGGUCAUAAAAUUGAUUCCAAAGACAAAGCUGUUCUAAAAGCAUUGAAAGUAUUAAGAUUAGCACAGCUACAUAGGUUACGUGAUCUUCAAACUUGCAUAAAUGAAUGUAUUGUAUCUAUGCAGCAAAUUACUUCAAAUCCAAAAACAGAUACUAAAUUAGGAAAAGUUGGUUAUUAAAUAUCCAAUUGGUUAAAAUUAAAUGAAGUUUUAUUAAUAAAUUAUUGUAAUUCAAAUAACAUGUAAGAU